ACCGCGCGCCUCCCCCCCCCCCCCACCCCGCUGCCGCCCUCUGAAACACGUCACUCAUAGUUCGGAUUGCCGUGAAAAAUCCUUCAGUGUAGCCUAGGUAGCCGAGGCGGAAGGAUCGGAGCGCAGCGUACGGGGAACCAGUUAGCGUCCGUGUGUGUGUGUGUGUGUGUGCACGCCAGACAAGCGAGUGCGGAGUUUCCCAGUUUUCUUCCGCGAGCGGGCACGUGCGCGGUCAGUGGGCGGCGACAUUUCUCCGGAGUUUCCCGCUAGCGCAACAUGGCGCCGGAUUAUCUCGAGUUUCCCGCUCGCAGAGAGGAGGGGGACUAUCUCUGCCAAGAAUGAGGAGGGGAGCUGCGCCUUAGUCGAGUGUCGAAAUCGCGGCGGCCGGCUGUUCUGUAUGAUCGCGCGGCGAAGCACUGCUCCGACAGCAUGGCCCAAGGGCUCGGCCGGGAAUCGGCGGAGCAGCCGAAGGUGAAGGACUUGCACGAGAAGAAAGCGGCCGGGAAGACACCCCCGCGCGACGGUCGGGUCGCGGGCUCGCGGAGAAUUUUCGCGCCGCAGUUCAAGCUGCAGGUGUUGGACUCGUACAGGCAGGACGCGGACUGCAGGGGCAACCAGAGGGCGACGGCCAGGAAGUACGGGAUCCACCGGCGCCAGAUUCAGAAGUGGCUGCAGGCCGAGGCGUCCCUGCGCACGUCGCUGGGCCCCGCGCCGGACGCGGCCUUGAACCUGAGCCCUGCGAGACAGCGCGACGACGACGCUCAGUUGGCCCGCCCGCCGCCAGAGCGCUCGGACGGCGAGCCCGAGAUCGACGUGGACGUGGACGGCGACGACGAGGACGACGACGACGACGCCGACAGCGACGACGGCGACGACGACAUCGAUAUUAUGUCGGUGCAGGAGCCGGACCAGGCGCUCGACUUCACGAGCGCGGCGCUCAGCAAGCGGCGCUCCUUCUCGCUGCAGUUCAAGCUCGAGGUGCUGGACGCCUUCCACGCAGACCGCGCGUGCCACGGCAACCAGCGCGCGACGGCGCGCAAGUUCGGCAUCAACCGCAGGCAAGUGCAAAAGUGGCUGGGCCAGGAGGUGGAACUACGCGGCGAGGCCGCCUUCCGUGGCGGCAUGUACCGACAGCGCCUCGGCCGCUGGCUCGACAACGACGAGCCGGAGUCGACAGCCGCGAGUCAGCACUGCUGGGACCUCAGGAAGAGGAAGCUGGACUGCGAUCCCUGCGACAGUCUGGCCUGCGCGAAGAAGGCCCGUCUGGAGGAGCCGGAGCCCCUGAGGCCGGCGCACGAGGUCCGAGCCGACGUGUGCGUCAUCGGGGACAACUGCGCCUUCCCGCGCGUGCCGAGCGCCGACGUGCAGGAGACGGCGCUCUGCCUCAAGGUGGAACGCCGGGAGUCGAAGCCGGAGCCCGCGGAGCGCGCCCUGGUGUGCUCGGUGCCGGCGCUCUACCCUCCCGUGCCGCCGUACGUGGCCGCCCCCGCACCCGCCACCCACGCGCACGGGGGCUGCUGCUGUUACUCGGCGCGCAUGCUGGCCGUCUACCACGGCUUCGUCACGCACCCCGAUCACCUCUACCCCCUGGAUUUCAGAUCACCACCUCCGCCACAUCCGCCGCCUCACAACAUACACUUAUUCAGGUGAAACAAUUCUUCUUCCGUCGCCAUUCUCGUAAGCUGCCCUGUUACUUACAGACUAGCCUUAGAGAACAUUUUGUAGUGGUUGUCUCCGUAAUAUCACUCACGUAAGUUCACCAGUUCACUUAGCGUCAAUGCUACUCCCAGUAUUUGGCAUGCACAUCAACAUCACUGUUGCAUUCACAAUGUUGUAGGCAAAUUCUGCAGCGGUAGUAGCUGACUUCAUUGUAACACAAGUUUUGCGUGGGAAGUUUCGGUUUUCUCUCUUCUUACAGUACCAUCUAUUUUACAAACGUACUGAUUGUAAUAGUUGGGGUCCAUAUCUGACGUACCUGUGGGAAUCCAUGAGAUAUUAUUCGAGUACAGUACUUAUAGUGUAGUAUAAUAGUAUAGUGUGAUCCUUAGAUAUACUGUAGAUGUGCUAUUUUGGAAUGCGAUAGAUGUACGAAAUCGUACCUAAUUCGGGAAUGUUACCGUCAAUAAAAUAAGGGGAUUACCUUGACAGUUUACUUGUUUCUUCUCUCUUUAUGUGUUUAUUUCCUGAAGUACUGCUUAAAUUCAAAAGUAACUAAUAAAAUAUUUCAGUUUUUGUGGAUUGAACAGAAACCAGUCGAUGUACUCAACCGCUAAUGUUCUGGUAAAUGUCUGAGUGUAACUGGUGUUUGGCCGUUGGAAUUAUGGGUGAAAAGUGUUUGAUGAAAUAAUCCCAAACGCGAGACAAUAUAUUUGAUACAUAGAAACGUUCGAGGCUGUUUCAAAUGACAUAACAGGUCACGGAAUAUAAGGUUAUUCUGUUCUGUGAACAGACUGAAUUAGGCCUACUGUUUACCUGAUAGGCUGAGAUGUGUUCCUUUAUUUUCGCUCGUAGUGCUUUUUAAAAGAAACUGUACUCUAUGGACCACAUGAACUAGUUCAUAUUUUACUUGUACUGUUGUAGACUUUAGCAUUUUACUUUGAAUUAAGUUACUGUACAAGCCACAGAUGUGCCAAGAAUAUGGUAAACAUUGUGGUAGUUCGUGUUGUUACAUUACGGUAUGCUUACUACAAAGCCCAUAGAAAGCAGGUGUGCCUUUCAGUAUCUUAAAAUUAAGAAGUGUGCCAUAGAUUUAUAUUUCUUGUUUCUUUAUGAACGCUACAAAUCUAUUUAUACUGCAUUGUUACUAAGAUUAUUAAAAUGUCUAGUCCUCUAUCUAAGCCGUUGGAAGAUCAAGUAGAAUAGAAAUGAUCUUUAUUCCUUCAAGGGUAAUCAAAUGUGUAUUUUUAGAUGAAGCUAUUUUUCGACUUAGAACAUCAGCAUAAAUGUUUCAAUUGUUGAUACCAGAUUCCUAAUAUACCGUUACAAAUUAACAAACGCUUAUGGAUGGCCUUUUCGUGUUGAUAGGUACUUAAUGGAAGAAAUUUAUCACUCACAUAUUUAAUUAUGACGCCCUUUUUCGACGUGACUUGCGCAGUUCACAAACCGAAAUUUUUAUAGAGAAACUGUUUACAAAUGAGGUCUAUUUGUUGACUUCUUGAUAUGCAUAAAAUAACACAGUUUUUGUGCGAUUUUUAAAAACUCGGUAGUAUCACAUUUUAAUUUUGUAUAUAUAUAUAUCCUGUAGUUAAAAUGAUCUGUGAAUAUCUGUAAAUAGUUUAGGCUUGUAAAUAAGUGCUUGUGUAUAUCUGCUGUAAAUAAUUACUCUUGUACAGUGGAUACAAUGAAAAAUUUCACUGCAUAUUGUUUCAUUGCACAGUGAAAUUAAACAUGUGCCAAUACUCUCUUGUGCCUUAUUUUGCUGUUAGCAUGCGUACUGAUGUCUUCCUCAAGGUGACUGGAUGUGAUAGUUCUGUGACCAAACUCCGUAUAGUUUAUAAAUACAAAUAACAGUUUGUCAAGUAAUCAUUAGACGUUUUUGGAGUCUGUACUGAGAUUUUAACGUAAAUUGGGUCCAUUAAGGGCGUAUGUUGUACUUGAGAGCGUUAUCUGUUUUGUUGACUACAUUGGACUACAUUUUGUUGAAAUCGGUCAUAAUACUCUGGAACUCACUACAUUUUUCGCUUGUUACAGUUUUUCUCUGUGCCUUUACAGCUGUAUGUAUCUGUCUUUGACAUAAAGCCGAUUUAAAGUUAAAUAUUCUAUGAAAUGUGCAACACGGGUUGUUAGGACCACUAACACUAUUUAAGCGAGUGAAUCCUUCAUCAGCUACAUUCACAUUCAACAAUUUUUACUGAACCUGUUCCUAAAACUCCAGUACUAGUAAUUAAAUUCUGAAAGAUAUUUACCAUGUUACUGGUUAAAAAAACCGAUGUAUUUAUAAAUAAUUGGAGUGAAAUAGUAGUAUUGCUUAAGAGAGCAGACAGUUUCAACCGAAUUAAAAAAGCUUAAUAAACGACUUUGAUGAUGUGUCAGAGCUCCACAGUUUGUUCCUGAAUGUUUGCAUUAUAGAGUAGACGCUGCAACAGAAAUUGACAACAGAAAGCAUUAACAAAAUAUACGCAAGUGGCAGAAUACUUCUUUAAAGUGCCUUUAUGACAUGAGCAAUAUUCGUAAUUGUUACUUUUCUCUAGCUUGUAUUUCGCUAAACUAAUGAAUUGCUUGCAGUUUAUAUACAGUUCAUAUGUCUUACUUUUCCAAAACUUAAUUGCCUAUGACACUGUUGUUCGCUGUUAAAUUAUGGGCAACUCUGCGUUAUGUGGGAUGUAGACAAUAUUUUUCGUGGCUUGACAUUUAUUUGUUGUUCCUUAUUUUGAAUAAAAUUAAACGUUGAAGUUUGGAAAAAUUAUUUUAACGUGUUGUAAAAAAUGUUUACUACUUGUAAAGUAUUCCAGUUUCAAAGAAAAUGUUUAACAGAGUAGCUCUAUGUGGCAUAUUUAUAUGUUUGUUUAUUUUUAUAAUGUUUUCUAUAA